UCAAGCUCUUUCUUUCGCUCCGCACCGCUCGUGACACUCCUACGUGUGCUGCGACUUUGAUCAGACAAAUACUUCAUUUCUUUUCCCAAGUACAAUUUUACGAUCUUUACAAAAAUGGCCGAAGCUAAAGCACCAAAGGACCCUUACGGUUUCGCCAAGGACUUCUUGGCCGGCGGUAUUUCCGCCGCCGUAUCAAAAACUGCCGUCGCACCGAUAGAACGUGUCAAGCUCAUCCUUCAAGUGCAGGGCGCUUCUACGCAAAUCGCCGCCGACAAACAAUACAAAGGAAUAAUGGAUUGUCUGGUCAGAAUCCCAAAAGAACAAGGUUUCGCCAGUUUCUGGAGAGGCAAUUUCGCCAAUGUCAUCAGGUAUUUCCCAACCCAAGCGUUGAACUUUGCUUUCAAAGAUGUCUAUAAGCAAUUGUUUAUGGAAGGUGUCGACAAGAAAACUCAAUUCUGGCGAUACUUCGCUGGUAAUCUGGCAUCGGGUGGUGCUGCUGGUGCCACAUCUUUGUGUUUUGUGUACCCACUGGAUUAUGCCCGUACUAGGUUAGGAGCUGAUGUCGGUAAAGGCCCUGCUGAGAGGCAGUUCAAAGGUUUGGGAGAUUGUUUAGUCAAGACGGUCAAAUCUGACGGUCCUAUUGGUUUGUACCGUGGAUUCUUUGUUUCCGUCCAAGGUAUCAUCAUUUACCGUGCUGCAUACUUUGGAUUCUUCGACACCGCCAAGGGUAUGUUGCCAGAUCCCAAGAACACUCCAUUCUUAGUUUCAUGGGGUAUUGCCCAAUUCGUCACCACUUUCGCCGGUAUUAUGUCUUAUCCAUUUGAUACCGUCAGACGUCGUAUGAUGAUGCAGUCUGGUCGUGCUCCUGCAGACAGAAUGUACAAAAACACUGUAGAUUGUUGGGCCAAACUGUACAAGAACGAGGGUACUUCUGCUUUCUUCAAGGGAGCUUUCUCCAAUGUUCUCCGAGGUACUGGUGGAGCCUUAGUGUUGGUGUUCUACGAUGAACUUAAACGUCUCAUGUAAACAUUUCAAUUUCAACGAAAUUAUGUGCAGUAUAGAUGUAAUUUUUAUGGACACUGUUGUAGCAUAAACAUUCCUGUCAGGUGCAACAUUUAUUUUCAUACCAACAGCUUCUCAUUCCAACAUUCAUGUAUUAUUCUGUACCCCGUAUUUGUUUGAACUUUUAUCAGUGAUGAUCCAAUUUUUAGGAUACCUACCUACUUAUGUUAACACUAACUAUUUAGGUCCAUAUUCUGGUUUAUUGUUAAUAUUGUAUUAUUAAUUAUGUUUAAUAAUAAUAAACCAUAGUUUAAAAAAAACAAAUUUAUUAUUA